UUGGUAACCUUAGUCUUAUCUCUAAAUAAAAAAUGACCCAAUUCAUUUCUUUUGUUUGUUUCCUGUAAUUUUCUUGCAACUUCGCGAUUACCCGUUUUCAAUUUCUUAGCACAAAUUUGACUAACUGAGCGAACAAGUAGAUAGAAGAAACUUCACCAGACCACAGACAACGACAAUUGGGCAACGAGAUAGGGUACCCCAGGAUACCAGCUUGCCUGACAGUUUUCUACAUUGAAAUAAAUGUUUAUUUCUUUUCAACCAAUGUUCUUUUAAAGGCUCUAUAUUUAUAUAUAUUGCAAGUAAUCUAUAUCCAAAAUGGUUGACAAAUUGAGGAAGAACAAAAAUGCAUUAGGUGUUGAGAAUUUUCCAAUCCUGGCAGCCACCAAGACAUUAAGUAUCACCAUUCACAUUCCUUUGUUUAACCACCAAGCUUUGUAUCAAUAUAAAGAUCAAGUCUCUAGCUACUCUAUGCUAAAUAUGCAUCCCGGAGUUAUGGGUAAUUCAUGUUUCAAUUUCCUUUCAAUUUUGUUAAUACAAUGUUUCGUGGGCAGCUUAGUUAUAACUGCAGCUAACCUUACCACAGAUCAAUCUGCACUACGGGAAUUCAAAGACAACCUUAAUUCCAACACUAUAUUAGCAAACAAUUGGACAACUUCUACCUCUGUUUGCAAUUGGGUUGGUGUUUCAUGCUAGUUCCAACCCUGAAAGAGUCACCUCCUUAAAUCUUCACAACAUGAAUCUUACAGGAACUGUUUCUUCCCACCUUGGGAACCUUUCUUCCCUCAUUUCUCUCGACUUGAGGGGCAAUGAUUUUAAUAUCUAUCUACCUUCGACAAUUUAUAACUUGACUUCUUUGCAAAUCGUGGACUUAACAUCUAAUGGACUAUCGGGUGAUCUCCCUGAUGAUCUUUGUCACUAUUUUCCCAAACUUGAGGUUCUUCGUUUGGCUUCCAAUGAGUUCUCUGGAAAUGUUCCUUCAAGUUUAUGUGACUGUACCGAUCUUCAAAAUUUUUCGUUGUCUUAUAAUAGAUUCAAUGGAUUCAUUCCAAGAAGUAUUGGGAAUUUAACUAGGAUCAAAGAAAUAUGUCUGGGUGGAAAUAGUUUUCAAGGUGAAAUCCCAUGGGAAAUAGGUAAUCUUUCUAGUUUGGAGAUAUUUACUGCAGAAAAUAACAGGGUUCUUACUGGUGGGAUUCCAUCUUCCAUAUUUAACAUUUCUUCUUUGACACAACUUUUCUUCAACAACAGUCUUUCCUGUGGUUUACCAGAUAAUAUGUGUAAUCAUCUUUCCAAACUUGAGGUGCUUGAUGUGACUUUUAAUGGAUUCACCGGUCAUAAUCCAUCGAGUGUAGGUGAAUGUAGCAAUCUUCGAAAUUUAUCACUGUCAACAAAUCGAUUCAAUGGGACCAUUCCAAGAAGUAUUGGAAAUUUAACUAGCCUCAAAGGACUGUCUCUGCGUGAAAAUGAUUUAACAGGUAAGUGUUUUUAGUUUGACAGUACUAACCAUGGUUGGAACCUUGUCCAUUUAAUUUGCACAACCACAUAGACAAGCAAUUUGAUCAAUUUAAUCACUUUAGAUAUACUUUCACC